UCUGCUAAUUGGUGUCUUUUACUACUUUUCCUGUGCAUCAUAUACAAAUAAUUGGAGAAGUGAGCAGAAGUCUUCUUUGAAGUCAUCACAGAGACUAAAUACUCGAAACAGAAAGAAAAUGGCAUCAUUUAGUGCUUCUGAUCCUGUGUACUAUGAUACUAUUGUUGUUCAACAUCCAGAUUUAUAUUACAGAUUAGUUCAUUUGGAUUUGAAAGGAGCUCCACCAAAAAUUAGUUACCUUCAACAGAUGAUACCAUUAUUUGCUAAGUGGGGUGCUAAUGGUUUGCUGGUAGAAUAUGAAGACAUGUUUCCAUAUAAAGGUGAAUUAUCUACACUGGCAGCAGCUGAUGCAUAUAG